AUGCAUUAUUUUAGGAAAAAAAAAAACGAGCCUGUCAACAAAAGAGAGGCCUUUAUAGCAAACAGUAAACACACGAAACAAAAUAGAACGCUCAAAAGUGAUAAUGUGUUCAAUGGCGUGGAUGCCUGUGAGAAGCAACUUGAUCAAAAUGGAAAAAAUAAAUCCCAUACGAAUGAUACAGACAAGUUGGAAACGAGUACGAACUCUUUCCUAGAUGGUAGUUUUAAGGAAGAGAUAGGAAUUACCUCCAAGAUAGGUUCAUUAACGAAUCAAAAGCAAAAUUUUAAUAACAGUUCCCGUUUUGAAGAAAAAGAAAAUCUCGACCACUCCAGCAGUGAAUAUGGCAUGGAGAGCUACAACGAAGACAUGGCAACGGAGUACAGUCAAAAGGGAGUCAUUCCAAACAGUGAGCUACAACACUUAGCACAAACCAACGAACACAAUAAUGUUUCAAACAAUAGUGUACCCAGUGACAGCAACGUUUAUAACCACCGAGAGGAGACGAACUUUAAUACCCCCUCUCAUUAUGAUAGUGUAAGAGACCAAAUGAUUUCUAAAAAUGUGGACAGGAAUGUACCAAAUAAGCUAAACAGCAAAAUGAACGAAGAAUUUAAACCAUGUGUAGGAAGCCAAAAGUAUAACAAACAGAAUUCAUCACUACUGUGCAAUCAGGGAAAAACAAACGACUCGCCGAAAAGGGACAAACCCGUAAAUGAAAAUAUGCCUCCCAAUAGUACCUAUAUUUCAAGUAAAUCUUUUAACAACACUGCAGGCACUGGUCAAAACGGAUCCGACCACGUGCACGGGGAGCACGACAACCCUUUUUAUGAUAACAUGAACGCGGUAAACAUGCAGUCUCAGUUAAGUGCAAAUAGCAGUAUGUCUCUAGCCAUUGGGGAUAAAAAAAAAAUGGAGACAAAUCUCAAUUCCAUCCAAAGGAAUAGGACAUUGCAGGCAUAUGGAGAUGUGCAAGAAGGCAUGCACAAUGGAUCUGAUGACAGGUAUGGGGGAAACACAGAGCAGUCCACAAAUGAGGAGCAGCUAAUUUACGAGGGACAGCAUUAUCAUAACACAAACUUGUUGGAAAAAAGCGACACAGUGGACAGUAUUGGGAACGACAGAAGUGGUAACUUCUAUGAAGGGAUAAAUCAAAAUGACCCCGCUGGAGAUAGCCAAAACUGCCUGCAAUUCUCGCAAAGGUAUGUUGGUAUAGUGGAAUCUGGCGAUGGAAGAAAUGCACAAAAUGUGAGUACCCGAAAUAGGGAAAAUUUCAAUGAACCCUUUUUAAAAAAUAAUAAUUCUUCCUCAAAAAAUGCCGAGUUUUAUAAAAAGUUACACAGUAAUGUGAUAGAGACGGAGGGAAAAAUGUGUGGAGGAAAUUUUAAAGCAAGCGUAGAUUCUGAGAUGGGGCAGCUAACGAGGGCUAGUAGGAGCAACAUCCAUUCCAGUAGGUCUUACACACAACCAAUACAUGUGCAUGAGGAGUUGGGAGAACACCUAAUCGAGUCGAGCGGACACCCCAGUGAGCAACUUCCCAAGUACAACACAGCGAGAAAUUCUUUGCAACCACAAACCAGCCGUCUACCCCCCAGGAAAGAUUUAUCCAAGUCUAUAAAUGCCAACGACAUAUCAGCAGAGAAUAUUUCAGCGCGGCAAAGUGGCCAACUAGAAAAGGUAUACAGCAGGGACCAAUCAAACAGCAGACAUAUGGAACCAAGGAGAAGUUAUAUGCAUGUAAAUAAUUUGCUAAUUGAAUCGAGGAGGUAUUCAAUAACAUCCAAAAAAGGUCACACUACAACAAGAUCGCGGGAAAAUUUUGAGGAACACAAAAAUAAUAUUAUUCCAUCUGAAAACAGGACUAUGAGAAUGCCUGAGAGUUUAAUAGAAUUAAAUUUUAAUUUGAACGGAUCUGUGAGUAGCAUUUCAGAGUCUACAAAUGAGCUAGGCAUGGAAAAUGGUUCACUCAAAAGUGAGAGCGGGCAAGACCAUUUAAUGAACACCUCGGAAGAAUCAGCAGAUAAUCACAUGAGGGUAGGUAGCCAAAUGGAAUAUAGAAGCAGUCUAUCCAAACACACCAGAAAAAUGGAAUCAAAAAGACACCACGAAGAUGCAUCUAAUAGCUUCAUAGAAUCACAUUACGCAGAUGACCCAGAACAUUUGAUAGACUCACAAUUUGGGCAUCCCUCCAACCAUCUAAUCGAAUCGCAAUAUAAUAUGCACAAAUGCAAUGAUAAUAUGUCAGACAAUAAUAGUAGCUCCAUGAGCUUAAAUAAGAGUCAACACCAAAUGAGCAAUGAGAUGGGUGAAGAACGUAGCAAUUUUAUCAAACAGGGAAACUAUUCACACAAUGCGCACUACAGCAAUGUAAUCUCGGACGUAGUGCACACAGAACCGAGCAGGAGUCUAAUCAAUUCAACACACAGUCAGAUGCAAUUACGGAGUAUUUCUCAUCGUCCAAGUAAUAACCUUAUGAACCAAAAUAAGGUUUACAAAGAGUCGAGUGGCACUUUGGAGGAGUCUCGAAACAGCCUGAUGAAUUCGCAAAGUCGCCAUAACGAGAUGUGGAAGAGCUUGACAGAGACGAAUGAUACGUUUGGGAAUUCUAAAUUUAGUCACAGCGUGUCCAGGUCGAGCCGCAGCCACACGGAAAGCGCCACCAGCGGCAGUAUGAACAAUGGGGAGUGUGACCCGAACCAUUCGAAAAGUUACGCGGACCGCUCGAAAGACUACGCGGCCCAUUCGAAUGAUAGCUUGGAAGAAAGACCACCUCAACCAUCCCACUCAUUUCAACAAAACAGAAAGGAUCUAAAUGAAAUGAAGCACUACUAUGAUAACAGACGAAGCAGGCCCCAUUUGAACAGAAGUGAAUAUGUCCCGAAGAAGAACGUCCCACAUGUUUAUAAAAAAUUCAAUACGUGUGUCCGCGAUGAUGAACAGAAGGCUGAUUUGUUACAAGCAUUCCAAAAGGGUAUUAAAACUAAGUGGGGUGUGAAAAAUGGACAAGUCGAAGGUGUAAACGAAAUGGGGAAAUCACGAAACGGUUUGGAAGGUUAUGAAAAGAGACAAACAAAUGACAUGAUUCGUGGUUCCGAAAAUUAUAAUUUAAAAAAAGAACAAAGUAGGAAUUAUUUCUCCAGGGACGACAGCAAUGGCCAUGUGCCACAAUUGUCCCGUGGGUCUCGAAUAUCACAUGCACCUCUCAUGCAUAAUGAAGACGUUCAAAAAAUGGGCAGUAAAAUGCACUACCACGAAUUAGAGCACAGUUUUGAAAAUUUAGAAAAGGGGGGACAUAAGGAAGGUAGUGAUGUGGAGUUUUCCUUCGAUCAGGAAAAUAAAAUGUGCACAGACAUGUGUAAGGACUUCUCAACAUCCAUUACGAAUUCGCAACUUUUAAUGAGCGGGUCUCAUAAUAUUAUGAACCACUCAGGUAUAAAUACUUCUAACCAUUUUGAUUUAGACAUGUCCAAUAAAUUAAACAAAACUUCCGAUAUGGAUAAAUUCGCCAUGGAAAAUAAUUUCAAUAUGGACGUCAAUUCAAAUUAUAUUAAACGGCUAACCAUGAACGACAAUUUCGUCAACACAAAUUUGCAGAUCUCGUACAUGGAAAAUGAAAUUCAAAAUAAAAUAAAAGAUCUUGACAACUUUUUGGGGAAAAAUUUUGAGCACAAGUGUAAUUCUGUCCUCAACAGAAUUGAGAAGCUGCUUUCUUCCGACUUUUUCAGCGAGUCGUAA